AGACGUAAGGACAUGUGACGUCCGCUAGACGACGGGCAUCGAUUAGAGAGCUUUGACUUAGCUUAUUUUACCCCCUAUAAAAGGGGUGUCACCCCUCAUUGUAAUGGAACCCGAAUUGUGAAAUCAAUAUACUCCUACUUUGCAUUCUCUCUCUCCAAAACUUAUAUUAUUUCAUACUCUCGAUGGUUUAUAGCCAUCAAAUUGGUGCUUUCAUUGAGAGCAGAGGAACAUACUCGUAGGUUAACUCCCGAACGCGAGAAUGGUGCAAACAAGGAGCAACGUCCCCACCACCAGCCACGUCGUUGGCGAGGAGAACGCGCCGGGUAGCGGCAACGGUACGGGCGGCAUCGGCUCGACUCCGGACGCGGUCCAGGCACUGUUCGGCUUGGGGGUGACCGCGGAGCAGCUCCAGGCAGCCGUUCCGGCACUUUCCGCCAUGGGUGGGAACGUGCCCGGCGCCGGAGUUGGCAAAGCUCCGCUCGGUCUCCAUGCCGAACACGGUGCCACUUCCCAACACAAGGGGAAGAAGACCCGGAGGAGUAGAAGGAGGCCCGGAAAGGCCCCGGCGAUCGAGGAGGUGAUUGUGGAGGACGUCCCGGAUGAGGAGAACGAUGAGUCCAGCGAGUGCCGAGUGUCAGCCUUCAGGCGCUUAGGAGGGGAAGAGACCCGGGUGUCGGCCUUCGACAGGCUCGAUCGCGGACCGGAAGUUCGCCCGGGCGCUUGGUGGCCAUGUUCCAAGCAGCCCUUCCCCGCGGAAUUCGAUGAUGCCCAUGACUCCGAGGCCGCGGCGACCAAGCGAGCUCCCGCAGAUUCAGAGGAGAUAGCGAAGAAGAGGAAGAAGAAGAAAGACUACACUAUGGGCCCGAGGACGCCCUCGGCGGGUGUGUACUCCGUGGGUGCGCCCGUGGGGACGGGUCGAGAGCUGGCCCUCUCCCCGCUCCCACACGUAGAGAUCUAUGCGGUGUCCAGCGGCGCCAAGUACUGCGAGUAUCACCGCAACAAUACUCACAACACUAAGGAAUUCUUCACUCUUCAGAAGGAGAUGCAUCGACUCAUCGCCCGAGGGUCGGCUCUGCGAGACGAUGGAGCAGCCCCUUCCCGGGGUCCACUAGAAGGGAGAAAAUGGAGGAAGCCGACCGAGCCGGUCGCGGUGGCCAUGCAAGCGAGGAACCCCGAGAAGAGGCACAUUGGGCAAGAGUGUGAUGAUCUAGACGAGGACGAAGCCCAAGGAUAUCCGGUGGGGUUCAUCCAUGGAGGAAAUAUCGACACGGGAAGCUCGGUCAACAUAAUGUAUGAGAAGACCUUUCAAGACCUCGGCUUGGACCGCAAGGAUUUAAGGCCCGUGCGCACUCCUCUCUCCGGGUUCACGGGGGACUCCAUCGAGGCCGAAGGAGUCGUCACCGUGCCCGUGAUAGUAGGGGAUGGACGGCCCGGCCUUGAGGACUUGGAAUGUGUGAUCUCCCCAUACUACUUGUGCAUGAAGUUCCCCACUCCUUCGGGAAUCAGGGUGGCGAGGGGAGACCAAAAGUUAGCUCGAUCGUGCUAUGUCCGAAUCACAAAGAAGUUGUCAAGAGAUGAGACGUUGGUCGUGCACGCACAAGAAGAAAUGCGGAAGCUGGAAGCACGGCCGAAGGCCGAACCCGCUGAGGAGGUUGAGGAAGUGCCGCUCGACCCUCGAGCACCCGAGCGGAAGGUGAAGGUCGGGGUGAGCCUGACCGGGAGCCAGCAGAAGCACUUAGUGGACGUGCUCUCCGCCUACCGCGUGAUCUUUGCAUGGGGACCCGGGGAUAUGCUGGGGGUAGACCCCAAGGUCAUAUGUCACCGCUUGGCAGUCAACCCGAAGGCUAGGCCGGUGAAGCAGAAGAAGCGGUUCCUCUCAUCCGAGCGGAGGGAGUUUGUCUCCAAUGAGCGUCUAACACCCUACUUCCAAGCUCACCCGGUUCAAGUGCUCUCCCAACAGCCCAUUGGUGCGCUGCUCAGGAACCCGAACGCGCCCUCGCGCAUGUCCAAGUGGGCGGUGUUCCUUGGAGCUUUCCAGAUCGAAUUCAAGCCAAGGCCGGCGAUCAAGGGCCAAGCGCUAGCUGACUUCAUGGUAGAGUGCACCGCUUGGGAGGAGCCGAGCCCGGAAGAGCCGGAAGCCAAUGACUGGUGGAUAGUUUUUACCGACGGCAACUCCGCCGCCAAAAACUUGGGGGUGGAGUGCGCUCCUGUCGAAGCUGAGCUCGGACACGCCCGAGCAUAUCAGGCGAAUGGCGAACGUGGAAGAGUUGUCCGAGCCGAGCAUCCAUGCCUUCACUGUGGCAAUGAUCUGUCGCUUGUCCAAGAGAUUGGAUGGACGAUAUGGUCGCCUUCCGCCCUCCCGGAUGAUGAAAAAAAGGCCAAGCUGGUCCGGACUAGGGCACCCGGAUACACUUUGGAGGGCGGAAACUAUACAAGCGAGCAUGAUAAAUUCAUUGAAUUUUCCAAGAGAGAGAUCGGUUUAUCCGUCUCCAGGGCUUUCUCUCGCCAAAUCGCUGCUUCCGAGACUGUGGUGAAGCAACUUGAUCUGAGUGGAGAAUUAGAAGGUCAUCAGGGAUGUGUUAACACAAUCAGUUUCAACUCCACCGGCGAUAUUCUGGUGUCUGGCUCUGAUGACAAACAAGUAAUUUUGUGGGACUGGGCAAGAAAUACAUCAAAAUUAUCAUAUAUGUCAGGCCACUUCGAUAAUAUCUUCCAAGCCAAGUUCAUGCCAUUCUCUGAUGAUCGUAAAAUAGUCACUUCGUCUGCCGAUGGCCAGGCAGUGUUGUGGCUGAUCACACAAUUUUGACUACUCCACCAUGAAUCUCCAUCCUUUCGAUCGAGUUGUGAGUUGAUCUUGACCAUGUGAUUUGAUAUAUCUGGGCUCAGCCUCAUCAUGGUUCGCCCUAUACCCUACACUCCCGGGGGAAGCCGAGGACCUAUGUUUAAGCUAUAUGAUCCAUUUUGAAGGCCCUUAAACCCAUGAUCCUCCUCAAUCCCUACAAUCCAGAAACAACACCAAACCU